CUUACACUCAGCGCUCGAGCUGUACAGCAGCAGCAGCACAUCCUCGAGCCGGUCGCAAUCCACUAUAUCGCCUCACCGACACAGCGCGCGCUCGGGAUUUCUUUUUUUGUUUGUUUCGGUGUUUUAAAUGUAAUUUUCUUGCUUUAAUUUUCUUCGAUAAUUUAAAAGUGAAGACGGGCGGAGGUUUGUUUAUACCGGCGGGACAGGCUCAGCGACUUCAGCGAGUGGGGCUUCAGUUGAUUACAGCCCACGACACAGGACAUUAUUCCUGCACUGGAGGACGCUACUUUUGGAUUACUUUGACUCACAGUUUGUGACCGGAAAACACCACAAACAUCACUAAAAUACAUGAUCUCAUGGUUUCCAGCAUGUCGCUUUUCUCUAGUGGAUAAUCCAACCCUCAGUUGCGCUGUGCGCUUUGUGCAGACUGUAGCUUCGAGGAAAGAGUAACCUGUAACCGAAUAACAGAAUAAAAAACAUUUAAGAUUUUUGCAUUUCUGCAUUUAAACACAGUUACCCCAACUUACCCCUCAUUGUGUUAGACCGAGCCCUGCGCCCCUCAGAGAAACCCUGAAGCCAAGAUCAGGAUCAGGAUGCAUCUCAGCUGAAACCACGAGUCCGGGACUUUGGUGUUGAAAUCAGAUCGGACGGACCUCCACCCUCCCCUCCUGGACCUGGACAGCAGCCGAAUCAGGAUGACUCCUGACGGUGCCAUGUUGAUCCUGCUCCCGGUCCUGUGCCUGUUCUCUGGAGCCUCCUGGGCAGCGACUCUGGGCGGACAGGAAGGCGACUACAACCGGGAAGACAUCCUGGAUCCAAAGAGCUUUGGGGGCGUGACCAACUUCAGCACCUUCCUGCUGGACCGCUCAUCGGGGAUGCUGUUCCUGGGGGCCAGGGAUGCCAUAUUGUCCGUGGACACCAACGAUCUGGGCAAACCACCGCUCAAUAUUACUUGGGAUGUGCCGGAGGAGAAGAGAAGGUCCUGUGUGGCAAAGGGAAAGACAGAGGUCGACUGCCACAACUACAUCCGCCUGCUGGAGUUUCUGGAAGAGGGACGCAUCUAUGUGUGUGGCACCUAUGCCUUCGACCCCCAGUGUGCCUUCCUGGAGCUCUCCACCUUCACGCUGGAGAAAGCCGAGGAUGGAGGAGUGAGGAUGGAGACGGGGAAGGGCAAGUGUCCCUUUGAGCCCAGUCAGCACUACACAGCUGUUAUGGCAGGCGGUACCCUAUACACAGCAGCCACCAGUAACUUCCUGGGAACGCUGUUCGACAUCUCCCGGGCAACAGGCCCUGAGCAGGAGCGCAUCCGAACGGAACGAUCCAUCAACUGGCUCAGUGAUCCAGAGUUUGUGAGCUCAGCCUUCAUAGAGCAGUCUGCUGACAGCAACCCGACAGGAGAUGAUGACAAAAUCUACUUCUUCUUCACUGAGGUGGCCAAAGAGUACGACCUCUACACCAAAGUCAAGGUCCCCAGGGUGGCACGAGUCUGCAAGUCCGACGUGGGAGGGAUGAAGACUCUGCAGCGACGCUGGACCACCUUCCUCAAGGCCCAGCUGGUGUGCGAGGACAAACCCAGCGGUGAGCGCUACAACAUCCUGACUGAUGUGUUCACCAUGCAACACACGCAGGGAGACCCCAGCAGCACGCACUUCUACGGACUCUUCACCUCCCAGUGGGAACAUGAGGAGUUAUCAGCAGUGUGUGUUUUCAGUCUGACUGACAUCAACAAAGUGAUGGACGGUCCCUUUAAAGAGCUGAAGAAAACCUGUGAGAACUGGAUCAACCCUGAACCUGUCCCCACACCAAGGCCUGGCCAGUGUUUGAACAAUGCGUUAAAGGCUGAAGGGUUCGAGUCGUCCCUGAAACUCCCGGACAAGGUGCUGACGUUUGUGAGGGACCACCCUCUGAUGGAGAACAGUGUUACUGCAGCGCCCCUGCUGAUGCGCAAGGGAAUCAGAUACACCAAGCUGGCUGUGACCCAGACAGGCAGCGGAGAGGAGCCAAGAGGAGCAGUGCUGCACCUCGGAACAGACCGUGGGGAGCUCCACCAGGUGGAGGUAAUGGGCCAGAAUGCCACCUUACUGAAGGAGAUUCAUCUGUUCACCCCUCAAGAGCCCGUUAACAAUAUAUUACUACACAAGGGCCAGGCUCUGGUGGGCAGCCCUCUGUCCCUGGCUCGUGUCCAGGCUGAAGGCUGCGCUCUGUAUCCCAACUGCGAGGUGUGUGCCAGAGCCAGAGGCCUGGGCUGUGAGUGGAUCUCAGAGGCCUGCACGAAAACAACAGCAAAGCCUGGUCCAGGUGAUAUGGUGGAUGAUGCCUUGAGGAAAUGUGUUAGAAAGGAUGAGCGUUGCUCCCCACCCCCCAGGGAGCUGCAAGUUUCCAUGGGUCUGCGCCUCCUGUUGCCAUGUGUCCAGCUGUCUCCCAGGCCCUGCAGCUGGGACCAUCCUCCCCACAGACACACCAGGCAGCACCACUCUGACCUGGAGGUGACUGUCACCGAGGAGAGCCUGGGAAAAUACACCUGCACAUGCCAGGAGGUGGGACCAGGUACCAGAGACCCCACCCCCUGCCGCAGAGCAAUCUAUCAUCUGACGGUAGAAAGCCCCAGUGCUGGAGGAACAAUGGCGACGGCUGCAGGUCGUCACGUCUUGGCCAUCUACAUCCUUUUCUUCGUUGGGGGGAUAGUGUUCGGCAUAUUUCUCCUGUACUUCAUAACCCGGCGCCGCAGCAUCAGCCGCCAGGGCCACCACCUGCCAGAUAAUUCGCUGUCAUCAGAGAAGGGGCGGGACUUACUGGGCUCCUCCGCCACUCCACAGUCCCCAAGCAGCGCCAGCUUGCUGUCUGAGGGAUUCAGGCUGACUGAAAAACGAAAUGGGACGGCUACCUCAACCACAACAACUACCCUCCUCAGCAACCAGGGUAACGGUGGUCACCAUGGUAACAGCUACAGCGGCACCCUGAUCCACAGCAACCCAAGCAAUGGCCACGGGAAUACCUUGUAUGCCAACUGCAACACAAGUAGCAGCGGGCUGAAGUUUGCUGAGAUUUUAGCUGCAGACAUGCUGGAUGGAAGGACAGGGGAGAGGGAGAGGGUGAGGCCCGAGGGGGGAGAGAGGGAGUCUGGGGAGGGGAACGAGGUGGAUGAAGGGCUGGGGGACGGGUUAGCAGAAGGAAUAAAAGGACUAGAGGAGGAGCUUGCCAGCUUUCCCAUGUUUAAAUCUCCAGCACCACUGGCUCAGUGCGAAGAAAGCUCAAUAUGACAAGGUGAUAUAAAUAUACAAUGAUUACACCAUUAUGCGUCCUCCACAGAAACUGAACACUGCUGGGAGAGAUGCAAAAUGGCUACUGCCAAAUGCCUUUGAACGGGAGCUGUGGAAUGAAGAGAGACUACAGAGGUGUAAGAGAAAUAUAUGAGAAGUUUAUGUGUAAGUACGUGAGAGAGACGUGCUACGUAUGAAGAGAACUGCAAGACAGAAAACAUAUUGACAGGGUUGGGAUAAAUUACUUAUUGUGAGUCACUCAGGAUGAGAGCCACAGCUGAAUAAAUGUAUCAGAUGUAAAUAAAACUGUAAAUAUAAGCGGUCUGAAGCUGACUGCUGACAUGAAAGUGAGCAUGAUAUUGCGCAAUUGAAAUGUUACAAAGAAUCAAAGAUGAAAUGUCCGCACGUGUGGACAAAAGCCAUAUUGUCUUUCCCCUUGACUUCUGUUGUUUGCUCUCUCAUUCUCGUCUCGUAAUGGCACUGCAAAAGAAAAGUGCACUUUGAAUCUUUCAGCACCUCUCUCUCUGUCUCUCUGUAUUUAUAUUUCUCUCUCUGACACACCACUCAAAUCCCCGACCUUGAUGGGUCCAAAGGCACCAAAGGACUGCUGAGCCAUAGACUGCCCAGUCCCGGGCUUCAAACAGAGAGAUGUCACUGUCAGACUAAAGAACUGUAAAUUCAGAUGGCCCACAGUGACCAUGACGGGGCUGUUCCUGCCUGCGCUGCCACAGAGGUCAAGAGGACGAUAGUGUUCGAGGUCACCUAUCGGAUUAGUUCCAGUGUGGAAAACUGACAGCUGCCCAGGUGUGUCACUGUUCACAUUCACCGUCACCGAGACAGAAAGCGAAUGAUUUUCAAAAGGAUGUGAAAUUCAUUUGCAGGAUGGACCUUAACCAGACACAAACCACCAUCACCUUGUUUUGUGAAAGUGGGUUUCAACAUAAAAAUGUAUUGUUUUUGUCAUGUUGUUUUGUAAUAAAGCCUAAAAAAAGUUGCUGUUAACCUGG